AUGUCUUCCUCGGUGGUGUUCUGCGUAAUUGUUGUGCUGGUGACAUUCAGCGGGUGCGCAACAAGUUUGAAAAGUGUCAGCGUCAACAAAUGCUGUUCAAUGGACGAAUACGCCUCCAAAGAGUUAAACUACACCUGCGUACAAGAACGCAAAAUGCCCUGGAGUAGUACACGUAUAUUUUCGAUGCGUACGAAAAAUUAUUUACCCGUUGGUGAAGUCCCGCGCAAUUGGGACAUCAAAGAACGCCAGCAGCCAUUGUGUGACGGCGGGCAGAAACCGAAAAUCUUUCAUUACGUACCUGGAUCCUAUCUGGCAUUCGUCAACGGAUCUCUCUUCGUUGUAGAAUACUCCCGGUUGGUACACCCGGGCAAAUACUGCAUGGAUUUUGACAUGGCGAUGGUGUGUCCCGAAGAAAUCCAACCGGCAUCGUUACAAUCGGGUGUACACGUGAAAAAGUGCUGCGGUGAUGGUGGUAUUUACUCCGACACAAGAAAGACCUGUGUAACGAUUAAGAAUGAUGCGUAUCGCGUCAACCUGCCGCAGGAAUACUCAUUGACGUUCGGCUUCCCGCAGUGCAAUGAUAAGCACAUGGUGAUCGCGGGGAAGCUGUACGAGGCGACGCUGUUGAAAGACGGCGGGCUGGUGCUCAACGGCACUGGGACGACGCUACCCGCCGAGGGAUUCUGUCUCGAGCACGUCCUCGAGAAUGCAGGUAUUUCUCCGAGUAUCUUCGCCUGCCACGUGGAACAACCCUAUGUGGUGCAAACGCCCGCCGAUUUACGCUUCACCCUUUACCCUAUUGGGUUGGCCCUGAGUGCGGUAUUUCUUGCGGCAACGUUGAUCGCCGGCUCGCUUUUACCGGCAAGCCAUCACGUUUUGCACUGGCGUUGUCAGACCAACCACGUGGCGUGUCUGCUCGUCGGCGACGUGCUCCUCUGCAUCGUUCAGCUUUCCGGGAACUCCAUGACCGGCUCGCCGUGCUUCAUCAUCGCCGUCGCGAUGCACUUCCUCUUCUUGUCUGCGUUCUUCUGGCUCAACACCAUGUGCUUCAAUAUCUGGUGGACCUUUAGAGAUUUACGCCCGCAAAGUUUGGAAAAGUCGCAAGAACGUUGGCGUCUGCACAUCUACGAAGUAUACGCAUGGGGCGUCCCGCUGCUGAUCGCUGGUACCGCCGGUAUUCUCGACUCCGUCGAGACGCCCAACGUGUUCAUCACGCCUGGUUUCGCCGAGAAUAAUUGCUGGUUUCGAGGAAACACCGAAAUCCUCACGUAUUUCUUCGGCCCUGUCGGCGGGCUGCUCAUUAUCAACCUGUUGCUCUUCGGCGCGACUGCCCGCGAGUUGACGUGCGGAUUAUGGAAACGCGAAUUGGUUAAAUCGACGACUGAAAGAGCCGCGUUGGGUCGGGUAUGCAUGAAGCUCGUGGUUGUGAUGGGAGUGACGUGGAUCGCUGAUGUCGUGUCUUGGGCCGUUGGUGGGCCGCAAGAAAUCUGGUACGUCACCGAUCUGAUCAACUGUCUACAGGGCGUGUUUAUUUUCAUCGUUGUUGGACUACAACCACAGGUUCUGACAGCAGUCAAACGUCUCUGGUGUUUGCGUAAAAACCGCGCCGCCGAGACAGCAGGCACCACAAAUCAUCAUUCGUCCAGCUCGCAGGGCCUGCCGUCCAUGGGCGAUACGAUAACAAACAACAGCAUUACCAACGGUACGACGAAAACAGUUUCGAUACCGCUGGAGACAAGCUGUUAGCCACCAAGCAAUUGAACAAACACAUCAUUGUAUAUAUUUGAUACGACAGAAAAAUAUUUUUCAUAUUUUUAUAAGAAAAUUUGGACGAAAACCACGACGUUGAAAAAUAUUGAAAAUUUUGAAAGCUUUUUUAUAAUAUUUAUAUGCUAGCUAGUCAAAUCAUUAUUUGUUUUAGUAACAUUUAAUUUUAUUGCUUAGUUGUUAGUAAUUAUUUUGUUUGAAUGUAAACGAAAAUGUGAUUUUAUGAAUUUUAACGCAAACUGACUUUCAGCUACAACAUUUUAAACUUAAUUCUAUUGUUGUGUUCAAAUGUAUGUUUACUUCUAUUUCUAUAUCGACAUUGAUAAACUGAUAAUUUCGACUGAUAUAAGAGCUAUAACUUUCGUAGGACGCGCAAAUUUUGCUUUAGUAAUAUUAUAUUGUCAUAUUAUAUCUUACGCAUUGUAAAUAUUCCGUUUAAUAUUAUGUUUAGUGGACGUAAUCUCGUUUUCCGCUCUGUUAUAUAGAUUAGUUCCUUAUUUAUUGUACGACAAGAAAGAUGAUAUUCGUAUGUAAGCUAUUUGUUCAAUGUUAUAAUUAUUUCAUGUAAUUUAGUCUUUGGUUUAGGUUGUUCAACAUUAUGUUGCUUAUCACGCAUGCAACAGACGUGAUGGGCGACUUUGAAUCAUUUUCAAAUAUUAAUUAAUGUUAAUAAAUUAAAAUAUUGAAAAAUA